UUUUUUUUUUUUUUGAUCAGAAACAAGUUGAAACAGCAUUAUCCCGCAGUAUUCCUUUUUUUUUCUUAAUUUUUUUUUUCUUUUCUUUCUUUAACUUAUAUACCAUGUUCGAUUAUGCCUAGUGGAAGAAAAUACAAAUAUAAACAUCAAUAUUCAUCAUUGCAUAAUGGUCACAACAUCAAGAAUAACGGUUCUGAACCAACAAGUUCGGUGACGGAGAAGUUAGCAACAUUACGAUUGGAACAAGCAAGAGCAGAAGCAAAUCGAGAACGAAGACGACGAUAUGAUUCUACUUUAACAGGUACUAUUCAACAACAACAACAACAACGGCAACAACAAAUAACCAUGAUGGACCCAAUGUCUUAUUGGAUGCAACCUCGACCUCCUGCAAUGACAUUACCAAACAAUGAUAAUCCACCAACAGUGACACCACCUUAUACUAGACCAGCUGCAGGUCCACCACCACCACCAUCUUGGACUGCUGCUAGUAGAAGAACUCAUGCGUCUACUAACUCUACUACCUCUAUUUCUUCAAGAAUUAAACAACAACGACGAUUACAACUGAAACAUGGUAGUGAACUUUCUUUUUCUGUUCAGAGUUUAAUGUCACUUUGUUGUUGUCAACUCGCUGAUACUCUCUCUUCUUCUUCUUCUUCUUAUACUUCUCAAUUGGCUCAACAAUUCAAAUGUAUACCCAGUCAUGUCAAACAAAUCUUACUUUAUGAAUGGUCCUUUCUUGGAAACGAUGGUGAUAGAUCUUUACUGACUGACAAUACGUUGACUAUGUUUCAAAAGACUGAAUACGAAGAAUUGUGGUUGGAAGGUAGUUGUAUUUCAUUGGAACGAUUGAUUCAGGCAUUUUGGAAGGUAGAUAUGAUACCAAUGACAACAACAUCAAUAACGACGAAACAAGAGGAACCAGUGGAUGAUUGGGAAGAUCUGUUAUUAGAUGACGAAAAGACGGGAAAUGAAAGAAAAGGCGAUAGCAAUGAUGAUAUUCCUCAGUUUAUAUUGGAUUUAAAUCAGCAAGAAGAAACUGGACAAUGGUUACAUUUAUAUCAAGUGAUGAAAGUACUACGACCAGAGAUCGAAAAUGUGAUCUAUACACCAAGAGUAUCAUAUACUUUAUCAACACCAUUCUUAGGUCGUACAUUGGUAUCAUUAAAUAUUUCAUUUAUGCAUUUGACGAAUAAGACACCAUGGAUCACAUUGGCUUAUCUUGUGGCAACAACAGUACCAAAUUUAUUAUGGCUUUAUUCAGCAGGAUGUUUUGAUAUGAUACAAGGACCACCAGCUAUGAUGAUAUUCUCUCGUGGUUUACGCAAAUUAAAAUUUUGGGAUCUUGGUUAUUAUGACUGGUUACAACCGGAUCUACUGACUUCUGUGAUCGAUUGGGGACGGGAUUUAAGGGAAUUGAAUACUUUAUGUCUGACGAACAACAACAACAACAAUGAAAUAAGUUUAGAAACUAUAAGAAGAUGGUUCAAGGAACAUCAAUUAUCAAGAAUUAUAAUUAGUUAAAGAAAUGUUUGAAUAUAUACAUAUAUAUUUUUAGAUUAGAUUUAGUUUAGUCAUUCUUUAUGAUAUGAAAAUAAUAAAAGAAGAUCAUUUGGAAUUACC